UUGAGCUGCCAUCUGCACUAGCUCGCUCACAUCUGGAUGCCUCUGAGGUGUAGGAGCUGAGUGCUCAGAGAUGUCUAGAAAGCCCCAUAGGAAGGUCUUCAGAACUGCGGGAAGGAACUGUCUCCAGAAAUUUCCCUCCCCCAGAGAGGGGAGUCUACACACUGUGGAGCUCAAGAUGGUCCUGAGUGGGGCACUGUGCUUCCGAAUGAAGGAUUCCGCAUUGAAGGUGCUUUAUCUGAACAAUAACCAACUUCUAGCCGGAGGGCUGCAUGCAGGGAAGGUUAUUAAAGGUGAGGAGAUCAACGUUGUCCCCAAUCGAUGGCUGGAUGCCAGUCUAUCCCCAGUCAUCCUGGGUGUCCAGGGAGGGAGCCAGUGCCUGUCAUGUGGGACAGGGCAGGAACCAACUUUGACCUUGGAGCCAGUGAACAUCAUGGAGCUCUACCUCGGAGCCAAGGAAUCCAAGAGCUUCACCUUCUACCGGCGGGACAGGGGGUUCACCUCCAGCUUCGAGUCGGCUGCUUACCCAGGCUGGUUCCUGUGUACUGUGCCUGAGGCUGACCAGCCUGUCAGUCUCACCCAGCUUCCUGAGAACCCUAAUGGGGAUACACUCAUCGUGGACUUUUACUUCCAGCAGUGUGACUAGGGUGGCCCCCAGGAUUCUCUAGGUGGGGCCAGCUUGGGCAGGGUGUUAGUGGAGGAGGAGACCCUUUGGCAACCACCCCUCUACUCUCAGGGCCCCCACCUCUGACUUACUGGGCACAUGGCUACUCUCUGUUUGGGUAAAUUUGGGUAAAUUCUGAGAUUUGGGGCUCAGCUCACAGUUUCCUCCCCCAUUGGGUGAUGCUAUUGGUGUGGAAACUUAUAAAACUACAUGGGAUAAACUGGAGAAACACAAAAAGAUUUCAAGGGGGUGGGUGGGGCAGUGGUGGGAAUUAUUCAUGCUGAGUGGUAACUGACCCAGUGUUCCCAGACCUCAUUGGUCAGCCCAGCCGCACUUGAGCCUUCUGGGGCCAACAGCCCCCACAUGAGGUCCUGUCAUUCACUGCUGUGCAGGAGAGGGAGCUGGUCACAGAGUUAGGGACCCAUGGUCCUCAGCCCGGCUCCCUUCUCCUUCCCAUUAGUCCUGCUGCUAUCAUCAUACUAUGCUACCCUGUUUCCCUGAAAAUAAGACAGUGUCUUAUUUUAAGGUGUGCUCCCAAAGAUGCGCUAGGUCUUGUUUUCAGGGGACGUCUUACCUUUCCUGUAAGUAGGUCUUAUUUUCGAAGGAUGUCUUAUUUUCGGGGAAACAGGGUAGCUUUUCUAUCUCUACCUUCCUCCUUUCCCUGUGGGCAUGAGAGGAUGGUGGUGUCAGAGGAAAUGGCUCCAGCUCACAAGGUAGAAGAUGGGCAGGACAUGCCUUCCAUUUUCAAAACCUAAGGUGCAAUAAAAACCCCAGAUGGGGAUCCCUAUUCACAUGAAUAGUUGCAAAUGACAUAUUAAGUGUGAAGAGCAAUUAUAAAGUAGCAUAUCUUGUAAUUUUAUUUUAAUUUAUUUUUCUGCAUUAAAAAAGCCUAGAAGAGUUUACUUCAAUUGUAGCAAUGUCCAGGUGGUGGCAGUUUAGGUGAAGUUUUCACUUUUUUUUUUUUUUUUAGGUUAUAAAAGUAUAAGUUUAUUUUAUUCUAGAGAGAGGGAAGAGAGUGGGGGGAAGGAUGAGAAAGAGAGAACAGAGCAGGGAGUGAGAGAAGGGAAGACGGGGUGGAGAAGAAAAGGAGCGAGGGAAUGGUGUGGCAACGCAAAGAAGAUGCUUUGUUCUUUUAUUUAUCUGAAUUUCCUAGUCUUUAUACAAUGAGGAUGGAUUACUUGUAUAACAAUAAGAAAUUAACCUUGGGCUAAGCACAGCAGACGUGGUUUUUGCCUGUCCUUGGGACUCCACGUCCCCAGAGUGAAAUGUGCAAAUUGAGUUGUGCUCUGCUGCUCUAGAUGGCAGCAGCAGGGAUCAGGAAAUAGUCCUCAGCAAAGCCACUAAGAAGAAGGAUGUGAUGAGCUUGUGUGGCUGGAAUCUCUUGGGUAAGGAAUUUACAGGAAAAAAGAUCAUCUUGUAAUUAUUUCCUGGAAUGGAAAGCCCUCCAAGAGGGCUGCUGUACUAUUAGAGUAGUGUCCUCCCAAAUGUACAUGCUUCCUGAAACCUCAAACUUGACCUUAUUUGGAGACAGCAUCUUUGCAGAUACAAUCAGUUAAAAUGAGAUCAGGCUGGAUUAGGGUGGAUGUAAGUCCAAUAGGAGGAGAGGACACAGAGACACAAAGGAGACACAGGGGGAAAAGCCCAAGCAACCACAAAGGCAGAGAUGGGAGUUAUGUUGCCCCAAACCUAGGAACACCAAGGAUUGUGGCAACAUCCUUUUAUUUACCCAUUCCCUCGCUCCUUUUCUUCUCCACCCCAUCUUCCCUUCUCUCACUCCCUGCUCUCUUCUCUCUUCUCAUCCCUCCCCCCACUCUCUUCCCUCUCUCUAAAAGAAAAUAAACUUAGCACCUGUGGCUCAGUCGGUAGGGUGCCGGCCCCAUAUACCGAGGGUGGUGGGUUCAAACCCGGCCCCGGCCAAACUGCAACAAAAAAAUAGCCGGGUGUUAUGGCGGGCGCCUGUAGUCCCAGCUACUCGGGAGGCUGAGGCAAGAGAAUCGCUUAAGCCCAGGAGUCGGAGGUUGCUAUGAGCUGUGUGAUGCCACGGCACUCUACCGAGGGCCAUAAAGUGAAACUUGGUCUCUACAAAAAAACAAAAAAACAAAAAAACAAAAAAAAAGCGAUAUGAAAACUUCACCUAAACUGCCACCACCUGGACAUUGCUACAAUUGAAUUCUUUACCUAGGAAGAGGAAGGAAGGAUUCUUCCCUAGAGCUUUCAGAAGGAUUGUGGUGGCCCAACUGACACCUUAGUUUCAGACUUCCAGCCUCCUAAACUGAGGGAGAAUAAAUGCCUGUUGUUUUAAGUGUGAGACAGUUGUUCACAACAGCUGUAGGAAAUUCAACUAGCCACUAACAAUCCCUGCCUCCUAGUGCUCACCUCCUAUGCCCGCUUCCAUAUUGCACUGGAGUUGUCUCUGUGGCCAACAGAACUUGGUGGAAAUGAUGGUAUGCAGCUUCCAGGAUUAGGUUAGAAAAGACACUGUGGCUUCUAUUUGAGUGUGCACUCGUGUGCUCUCUCUCUCUCUCUCUCUCUCCCACUCUCUCAGUUUCUUGGUUUACUUGCUCUGGGGGAAUUCAGCUGCCUUGCCAUGAGCAUCCCCAUAGAGAAACCCAAUGUGGUGAGUAACGAAGGCCCCUUCCCACAGCUGCAUGAAUGAGUUUAGGAGCAGGUCCUCCAGCCCCUCCAGCCUUCUGCUCCUGUAGCCCAGCUGCCAGCUCAACUAUGGCCUCAGCUACCAGCUCAACUAUGGCCUCAUGGGAAAUCAAAGCAGAGUUGCCCAGUUGAGCUGCUCUGGAUUCCUGCCCCUCAGAGAUUCAGGGAGAUAAUGACUCUGGUAUUUUAAGUUGCUCAGUUUGGAGCUAACUUGUUCUGUAGCGUAGAUAACUAAUAUGCAAAGAGAAAUAAAUUGAUUUGGUUUACAUAUGUAUUAUGAUCUCAAUUGUCGCCAAUAUUUUCGUUUUGCUUCUCCAAAUGAGCAACAACCCUUUUAUUUACCCAAAUAUUCUAUUUAAAAGCUGAUGAUACUUACCAGCUCUGUGAACUUUGGCAAAAAAAGGAAGAAAGAAAAGAAAAGCUGAUCAUACUAAAUUGGUUGAAUAUUCAGUUUCACAAGGUUUAAGUCUUCUUUGGAUGCUUUUGUGCCUUGAGGUGCCAGGGACGGACUCCAGUGUCCCGGCCUAAACCCGGGAGGAUGAGAGCAGAACCAGAGGAGGGGCCCUUACCUGAGCCUCAGGUAUUCCACCCGCACCUCACCUGUUGGACAGGCCUGGCAGGUUCAGAGUCUGCUGAGGGUAAGGAGGUGGCCAGGACAGAAGGAGCUGCCUCCAUGUGCCUCAGUGCUGGAGGUCAGAUGCAGCUGAAGUCCUGGGUAGCACAGCUCCUUCCCUAGGCCUCCCAGGGCAGUCAAGAACAUGGGCUCUGGGUGCAGCUGUGUUUCAGACCCUGUUCACAUUCUUUGUCUCUCUCUAUGGGCCCAAGCACAGCCCCAUGUUGCUCCCUCUAAUUUUGUACUCUCCACACCUACUCUCUGCCUAGAGAAAUCCUUCAUCCUGCUAAGAUGCCA